UCUGAGUAACAAAUAAGUUUUUGCCUGGAACUUAACCACAGGUAUUAGUAACUGAAUCUGAACUGAAAAUGGAGCAACUGCUUUCACGUCGUCGUAAAUACAGGCAAAAAAGUUCCAAAAGGGGACUUCGAAAGCUCUUGCCCAGUUUUAAUUGCAAGUCUCUGGAAAGUGUGAGUCGCCAGGUUAGGGAUCAACUGUGCCUCGUUCUUCCAUCUGGUAGCUUUUAUAAGAACUCCAAGCGUUUCUACAAGAGAUGUACGAAACCCGACCGCCAGGAGUUCCAGCGCAUCAGUGCAGCUAUUGGCGUCGGAUUCCUCAUAAUGGGCUCCAUCGGAUUCGUGGUAAAGCUGAUGCACAUUCCCAUCGUCAACAUUAUCAUGGAUUGAGCUAGGAAGCUUUAAAGAAAAUAAAGUUUCAAUUCAACUGCUC